AUGGUCAAACUGGUGGAUGAUCUUUACCAGUCGCUUCCGAGUUCAGUGAAUUUUAUUACUGAUUUGAACGAAAUGCUUUCGCCUUUUUCUUCCAAGAAAGAGUCCAGAGGUUCUCAUUAUAUCAGCGUCGGUAAAAAUGUGUUACAUGAGAAAGUGGCGGAAAACGUGUUUAAAGCUGCCAGCCUGCACAGCGGCAAACAUCUGCUCUGUAAGGUUUUUCCCAUUAGUAGAUAUGCCCAGUCCCUGGCUGUGUAUUCUCACCUUCCUGUUCAGCCCAACCUACGCCAUCCAUCUGAAAUCAUCCUUGGACACUCUAUAGCUUACGUCUUCUUUGAACAUACGUACGGUAAUAUGUACAAACAUGUUCUGUCCUCACAAGGCUUGUGUGAAGAUGAAGCUUUAAUGCUCUUUCAUCAGAUAGUCUCUGUUGUGGCACAUUGUCACAAUAACGGUGUGGUUCUGCGUAGACUGAAACUAAAGAAUUUUGCCUUUAAAAAUGAAGAGCGAACCCAGUUGGCACUGUGCACCCUUAAAGAUGCAUAUAUUAUAGAAAAGGAUGAUUUUGUAUCAGGCAAGCACAGCUGUCCAGUCUAUAUCAGUCCAGAGAGCCUACAGCCAGAGAGCUCAUUCUCAGGAAGAGCAUCAAAUGUAUGGACUCUUGGAGUUAUGUUGUAUACUAUUCUGGUUGGACGUCAUCCUUUCACACACUCAAACCUCAACGGUCUGUACACUAAAAUCCAGAAGUGCAAAUUUAAUCUUCCAGAGCUUCUCUCGCCUAAAGCCAAGUGUCUCAUAUGUAGCAUCCUUCGUCUAGACCCUUCAGAGCGGCUAACAGCGGAGGAAAUCUUGUCCCAUCCUUGGUUUUCCUCUACCAACUACUCUCAAUAUAUGUGGAGGAAGAUGUUCUACAACGAGGAGGAUCAAAAAGUUCCAUCUUUAUAGCGAAUUAGUAUAA